UUUUUUUGAUUUUUUUUAUUUUCCUCUUCUUUUUUCUUCUUUUUUUUUUCCUUUCACCUUUUUUGUAUUUUUUGAACUUCCCCUCUCAUAAUGUUAUCUACUACUGCUUCUCGUUUUCUUCGUCAGACUGGCGUGACCGCUCAACGUUUUUACGCUUCCAGUGCUGGCGCUAACACUUUACUUUUUGUUGAACAUAAAGAUGGUGUGAUCUCCAAUGCUACCUUGAAUGCUUUGACUGCUGCCAAACAAUUGGGAGGUUCUGUUACUGCUCUUGUUGCUGGUGAUGCUCCUGAAGCCGUUGCCAAGUCCAUUGCUGAUUAUCAAGGUGUUUCCAAAGUUUUAACUGCUACCGAUGCCACUUAUGGAAAGAACUUGGCUGAAGAUGUCACUUCCUUGUUAUUGGCUGUUCAAAAUAAGUAUAACUUUACUCACAUUAUUGGUGGUCAUACUGCUGUUGGUAAGAACGUGUUCCCUCGUGCUGCUGCUCUUUUGGACGUUGCUCCUAUUUCUGAUAUCACUGCUGUUCAAUCUGAAGAUACCUUUGUUCGUCCUAUCUAUGCUGGUAAUGCCAUUGCUACUGUCAAAUCCAACGAUGCUGUCAAAUUUGUCACUGUUCGUGGUACUGCUUUUGAAGCUGCUCAAUCUGGUGGUAAUGCUGAUGCUACUGUUGAAGCUGCUCCUGAAGCUGAAAAGGUGGGUACUACUCAAUGGGUUGGUGAAGAAAUUCAAAAGAGUGAUCGUCCUGAUUUGGGUUCUGCUAGUCGUGUUAUCUCUGGUGGUCGUGGUAUGAAGAAUGGUGAAAAUUUCCAAUUGUUGUAUGCUAUGGCUGAUAAGAUGAAUGCUGCUGUGGGUGCUUCUCGUGCUGCCGUUGAUGCUGGUUUCGUUGACAAUUCUUUACAAGUUGGUCAAACUGGCAAGAUCGUUGCUCCUGAAUUAUACAUUGCUGUUGGUAUCUCCGGUGCUAUUCAACAUUUGGCUGGUAUGAAGGAUUCCAAGACUAUUGUUGCCAUUAACAAGGACGCUGAUGCUCCCAUCUUCCAAGUGGCUGACUAUGGUCUUGUGGAAGAUCUUUUUAAGGCUGUCCCUGAAAUCACUGAAAAACUCUAGAUAACCCUUCUUUUACUUUUUAUUCUUAUUCUUUUGUCCUUUGUAUAUUGUUUUGAUCGUAGUCUUAUACACUAUUUAUUCUAUCCUUUUUUUUUUUUGAUUUCACUAUUACCUUUUGUUAUUAUUACUCUUUCCUUUUCUUUUGUUGUUUGUUUACCCCCGACAAAAUUGAAUUCUUGUGAUAAUAAUAAAAAAAAAACUCUUCAAUCUGUUGUAUAGUUCGAUCUUUU